AAGACGUUGAAGGGAUAAACGUUAGAGAUUGUAAAAUAGUAAAACAUUUAAAAUAUUUCCUAAAAAGAACAGAAGUGACUUGAACUAAGGAUUACAGUCAAAUGUUGAGACAUUUAUGAAUUUAAAACACAUUAAAAUUAUUAAAACACGCAUUUUGUAGGAGUAAGAAAAAUUGCAUGGUGUUGUGAUUUUUUUGUUGUGGUCUGCAUAAAACCGCCAAAAUUCCUUACUACAAGAUGGAUGAUUUCUUAAAGAUAGAAAAGAUCGGCGAAGGUACUUACGGUGUCGUUUACAAAGGAAAAAACAAAAUAACUGGUCAAUUUGUAGCCAUGAAAAAAAUUCGCUUGGAGUCCGAAGACGAAGGCAUACCAUCCACGGCAAUAAGAGAAAUAUCUCUACUUAAAGAACUGAACCACCCUAAUAUUGUCAAGUUGGAGGAUGUCCUGAUGGAAGAGUCGCGACUUUACUUAAUCUUCGAAUUCCUCUCCAUGGACUUGAAGAAAUAUAUGGACUCCCUUGGUUCUGGAAAGUUCAUGGACCCAUCUGUAGUUAAGAGCUAUCUAUAUCAAAUCAACAAUGCCAUCUUGUACUGUCACCAAAGACGGAUCCUGCAUCGAGAUCUCAAACCACAGAACCUACUCAUCGACAAGACUGGAAUCAUUAAAGUUGCAGAUUUUGGUCUUGGUCGAGCAUUUGGUGUUCCAGUGCGGGUCUACACACAUGAAGUUGUCACAUUGUGGUACAGGGCUCCUGAGGUCUUACUAGGAAGUCAAAGAUACUCUUGUCCAAUUGAUAUAUGGUCAGUUGGCUGUAUAUUCUCUGAGAUGUCAUCAAAGAAGCCACUGUUUCAAGGAGACUCUGAAAUUGAUCAACUCUUCCGCAUUUUCAGAAUGCUAAGAACGCCAACAGAAGAGAUAUGGCCUGGUGUUUCUCUCCUACCAGACUACAAGCCAACCUUCCCGAACUGGAACACGUACAAUCUGCACAAUCAUGUACAAAACCUAGACGAAGUGGGCAUGGAUUUGUUACAAAAGAUGUUGGUCUACGAUCCUGUUAAAAGAAUAUCCGCGAAGGACGCGCGACGACACAAGUACUUUAGAGACGUGAAACUACCUCCCGGACUGACAGUGCACGACGCUUACAUCAGAGUGACGCCAGAAUACCCAUACGACACGGAUUCUGUUCAAAGUGUAUAAGACACAAUCAUUAGAACUAGGUGUCAUUUAUAAAGACUACAAAUAUAUUUUCAAAACGAAUACAAAGUACAACUCAGUUGGGUUCCUCUGUCGCAAUCAUUGCAUUUUAAUUUGAGAGAUUUGAGGUAUGUUCUCUAUACUGUAUUCUCCACAAUUCGCAUCCAAUCUCCUUAUAGUAGAACCUUAAUAUUUAAAUGUACUUUAUUUUAUCGAAUUUGAUCUAAAAAUUAAAUUAGUCAAUUCAGAUUAUUGAAAAACUAAGACUAGUAAACGCGAGACGUAAUUUAGUUAAAGCUUUGAACUUAAAUAAUUUACGUAAAGGCUUUUUAAUGAAUUUGUGUGUCUGUGAAGUUGGGAUUUUAAACCGUCGAGAAUAAAUGAAUAGAUGUGAGUUAUUUUAAAGCUAUUUCGGCGAAGAGCUUAAUUUUUAAAUCAAGUCACUAGGUUUUAAAUAGUGACCAUAGAAAAUUAUUGUUUGAUUAUUAUAGAAAAAUGUGUCAUAGUUUGUUCGAAGCUGUACAAACCUUCAUACUUUUAACUUUGAAUGUUGGUUUCGUUCUUUACCUGAAACACUAAUUUGAGAGUUCUUGAUAGUUAAUUAACCUUGAAUAAAUUAUCUUUGUCUAAUCGUGUCGUGUAUACAUCUUUGUGUCGUUUUGUCAUGUUCGAUUUAUGUUAUAAGAUAGUAUUUAAUUAUUUCUUCUGUAAUAAUAUUACUGCCAAAUAGUCGUCUUCAUUGAACUGUUUAAUAAGUUUUUACGAACGCUGAAAUGCUUAAUAACCUCGGACACCAAAGGCUAAAGCAACAUGUAAACUUAGUGCAUAAAAAACUAACCACAAUAGUUAAAUUAUCAUUACAAACUAACUUAGUUUUUGGAAAAGGGUUCCUUUCGACUAAAAUACCUUUUUAAUAAUAUAUAAAACUUGCAGUAUUAUCAUUCAAGCCUAAAAAGAAAUAUUCUGGAACUUGUGAUGAUCAUAAUAGUUUGUUAAAUAUAGUUUGAUAUGCGGCAAAUGUUUAGACUGAUUUAUAGGACUGGAAGUCCCAUUCGAAUAAAAUUAUUAUUUUUCAAACUAUUCGCUGUGCAAACUCCCGGCGUAUCAAACUGUUUUCAACAAACUAUAGGAUUCUGAACGGUUUUUACAUACAUUUAUUAGUAAUGCAUUUGGAGAUAAGUUUAACUAAUUUGUUCUGUAUGCUGUUGAAACAUCUUGUGACAUGAGAAGUAUGUUAUAUGUAUUUUCAUGGAAACUUAAUUAAUUUAAACUUAAUUAUCUGUCCAAUUCAUGUUCUUCAUACACUAUUAUGUCAUCUAAAUAAAUAAAUACAUAAGAUCAAUAGGUUGUACUGCAAAUAUUUCUUUAGUAUAACAGAAUUAUAAAUUGAAAUUGUUUUAAAUCUCUUCAAUUAAUAUCUAAUAUCUACAACGUGUUUCUUUUUCUUCUAAAAUAAUUGUAAACAGUUUGUUUUUAAAAGUAAAGCAUAAUUAUUUAUUUAAUUGAUAUAUAUAUUACAUGUUUGACGUGUGGGUGUUUUAAUAAAUAAUAUGAAAAAAGACGUUUUGAUAAACUUUUGACAAGAAACAAAUGUAAUAUUAUUUUCUUAAGUUUUUGCCAAUUUCUCUGGACCGCUCGUAAGUUAAUUUUAUUUU